AUGUCAGGUAAUAGUCAUCAGCAAAAGCAAGCCGUUGUAGGUAUUGUAGGAGGAGGUCUUGUCGGUGCAUUAAACGCAAUUUACUUUGCUCAAAGAGGCUGGAAAGUCGAGCUUUACGAGCUUCGUCCCGAUAUGCGACUUCCUAUUCACCGAGAAAGUAGAAGAGGCAAGUCCAUCAAUUUAGCUCUUUCAGAAAGAGGUUUGAGUGCAUUGAGAGGUACUGGAUUGAACCUUGAAAAGACCAUCUUGGAGGCAUCUGUGCCUAUGAAAGCGAGAAUGGUUCAUAUUGGGAAAAAUGGAACUCAAAUGUCUCAAGCGUACGAUGUCAACGGACAGCAUAUCAAUGCUGUCGACAGAGCUAGAUUGAACGAACUUUUGCUGGACGAAGCUGAAUCAUUGGCCAAUGUUACCGUUUACUUUGAACACAGACUACUUUCUGCUGAUCUCGACAACAAUACCGUUGAAUUCAUGACCAGUGAGGGCAAAAAGACGUACAAAGUCGACUUUAUCAUCGGUGCUGAUGGUGCCUACUCCAAGACCAGAACACAGAUGAUGCGCUGUAUGAGAAUGGACUACAAUCAGCAGUACAUUGAUACUGGCUACUGCGAACUCUCCAUGCCUCCUGCUACAGGACCUGAUGGCAAGCCUACUUUUGCACUGGAUCCCAACCAUUUGCACAUUUGGCCCAGACAUACCUUUAUGUUGAUCGCAUUGCCCAACCCUGAUUUCUCCUUUACCUGCACUUUAUUCAUGCCUUUUCAGAUGUUUGAGGAUAUCAAGACAGAGGAUCAACUAUUGUCCUUUUUCCAAGAGCAUUUCAAUGACUCCAUCCCACUUAUUGGCGAGGCAGCUUUGAAAUCUGACUUUUUUGGCAACCCUCGUGGCUCCUUGGUCACUGUCAAGGCAUCCCCCCACAACUACAAGGAUAAAUCCAUCAUCAUCGGCGAUGCUGCUCAUGCGAUGGUGCCAUUCUACGGACAAGGCAUGAACUGCGGCUUCCAAGAUGUGGAAGUAUUGCACCAGAUCCUGGACCAGCAUGGCAUCCAGCCUCAACUUAACAAGGAGGGUGUGAUUGACGGCUUGGAAAAGGCCUUGGACAACUAUUCCAGCAUACGUGUGAAGGAUGCACAUGCUAUCUGCGAUUUGGCCAUGUACAACUACUAUGAAAUGAGACAUGCAGUGACCUCUUAUAGAUUCUUGGCCAGAAAGAAAUUGGAAGGCGCUAUUCAUGCUGUGUUCCCUCGUGUGAUCAUUCCAUUGUAUACCAUGGUCAGCUUCUCUACACUCCCUUAUUCAAAGGCCAUUGAUCGUUGGCACCGCCAAACUCAUUGGCUCAAUGUAGCCAUGGUGUCCACCACUGUUGUCACUGCAACGGCUGCUGCUACUUUUGUGGGUCUUAGAUACAGAGACCAACUGUUGAGUUCUUUUGGCCAUAUUGUGGAUUCUAUCAAUAAGUGGAAACAAUAA